GGGAGGGAGGGAAGGAGGGAGGGAAGGAAGGAAGGAAGGAAGGAAGGAAGGAAGGAAGACACCAGACCACAUCAAAUUUGGCAGAUUCCUGGUGCAGUUCCUCUUCUAGCCACAUGAUGGCGGCAUGAGCAUGGCAGCCCUCCUGAGCUCUCAAGUCUUCCGCUUUAAAUAGAACCGGGGCGCCUGGGUGUGUUUGUGUUUGCGCAGGCGAGACAGAGUUACACCCAGCCUCAGCUCUCUAAGCUGAGCUGUAAUGCAGGACACACGAAAAUCUUAAAAGGGUUUCACCGUCUUUCUUUCUAGAAAACCCCCAACAGGAAUUUGAUAGUAAAAAGGACUUUGUAGUCGUUUUCAAAUGGGGAGAUUUCCUUCAAUACACAGCGUCUGCUCGGCUGGGUUUGCAAUCUGUGUGCCAGUAUGGCAGUUGGUGAGCCACUGGCUCGCUGCUCCCAGGGCCCGGCUGGAGCGGUCAGCUGGUGGAAUGAUGGGAACUGCAAUCAGCCGCUCUGCACCAACAUGCCCCGGGAUGGGGAAUGUGAUUUGUGACACAGCAGCUUGGGAACAAUAAUGAAAACAAAAUUGUUCCAGGCGGAUUGCUCUGUGUCUUUCAAUUGCAAAGCUGCUUCACAUCGCGUGAGAGAAACUGUAGUUCUUAGCUUUUGUUUCUCUAGGACAACCAGAGGCACACCCAGCAACUGUCCUUCUGUCCCCAGUUACUUAGAUGUUUCUUUGAACCCCAGAGAAAGGCUGUCCCCUAACCAGGAAGAACCUGCCCCAGCACCAGGCUCCUUGUGGCAGCCUGUCUGUUCAGGCAGAACCACCUAAGUCAUGGACGUGGCUUUCAAACCUGUUCAUGCCUUCCACUGCUACCAUGAACAUGCUGUUGUACUGUUUUGUUUUUUGCCUUCUGGAAAAAAAAAAGUCCUCGCAUAUGUAUUUCCCUUUAGAGUUUACACACAGUUCUCAUUUUGUCUUCAUCACAGCCUAGGAAGGAGGCAGAGGUUAUUAACAUAUCUUACAGACAAGGACACCAAGAAUCGGAAAGAUGCAAUGAUGUGUCUGGAAACUUCAUUUCCCAGCACAGGGGUGAAGAGCAGAGGAGUCCGAGUUCACCACCUCAAAAUCAUCCCACCGGAGCCAGCCAGUGAACGAAGCAUUCAGGCUAUUUCCUCACAACCCAUCUGUGACCUCCUGAACCUCCAAAUGGGCAUUACCAGACUCUGCUGGACCAAGGGCAGGUCUACCCGUCUUGAAAGCAAUUUCAGUUGUCAAAACAUCGGCCUUAUUCAUGGUUUUUGGAUCUUGACACCAUCACAGUUUGAUUCACAUUUACAAGGAGCGCAGAUGGCCUGUGGGUCAGAUGGACUGAUGAGAAGAUCAUUGCCAAGCCAAUGUGAAAGACACCGAUGGUCUGAGGAACAUAGACACAAUAGAGACAAGGUAGACAAACCAUGGUCCAAGGAAGAAUAGUAAAAUAUUGGCAUCAUGCUUGAAGGAAUUAAAACGUGAGUACAAGUUUUUUGCUUUUUGUUUUAAGCAAGUUUCAGAAACUUAGGAUAAGUAGUUACUACUUAAAAAUUAGAAAAGAUUUUAUUGAGGGAAAUCGUAAUAAUACAGGACACAAAAUAACACUAAAUAAGCUGUCAAUAAUUAUAGCACAAUAACCCAUAAUAUGGGUCUCACAAUGUCCAUAAAAAGCCUUGACAGUUACUGCCUUAUGGAUAGUUGGUCAUCCUUCGGAAAAACAGGUUUGUGUAGACCUGACCAUGCGUCUUAUGAAUUUGCCAGUGAAAUUUCUGGUGUGUUCUAAUGAAAAUGAACUUUUCCUUUGGGAUCUGGCUUUAUCCGGUGCCAUUCAUCUUACCUCUUACUGUUGUGCAAAGCUUCACACCAUGUAACCUCAGCUUUCUCCUGAAGGACAUCACUGUUGCAGAAGAUAUCUUUAAGAAACGAAAAGAAAUUUAACGUACAGAUCAAAAUUUGGUAGCACAAUAUGAAGGGCACGUGGUAAACCAUUGUGCCAUGGUAGACUAGUAAAAGGUCAGAAGACUGGCAAAUUCCAAAUCAAAGAGAGGAGAAAGUAGGUUCUGGCCAUGAAUGUGUAAUUAAUAAGUGAGUCAUUGCUCUCUUCAUUUAAAUAAAAUUAUCUUUUAAUAAUUUAAUGAGAUCAGCUACCUCUUUUCUCUUUCCAGUGAGAAAAAAAAAAACACGAUUUGGUGGUUAGAUAAACAGAUACUAAACCAAAAUUUGAAAGAACAUCAUUUCCUUCUGUCUCUUAGCUAAAGAUGAAUCAUUACAUGACCGCUUUCUGAAGUUUGAGUAGCAUCUUAACAGAAAUAUGUGUCUUUAAGAGCUUGGAACUCAACUCAGUAGAAAAACCUUUUAAUCCUGCUGUUUCAUGGAAUGAUUGUAAUUUUAGUAAAAGUACAUCCAUUCUGCCUAAAAAGAGUUUAUUUUUGGAGGCCCAUAUAAAUGCUCUUAUAUUAUUUUUUGUUUGUUUGUUGCUCUCUCAUCUAAUAUUUUUGAGUAAAGGAGAGUUCUCAAAAACUUGAUUUGCUUUUAGUGGCAAAGUUGCUGAAGUGUUUGAGAAACACUCAAGAGGCUGAGAGUUGUUGUAUAAAAACAUAGUAUAAUGAUUUAUUCAAGAAAAUGCAAGGAAAUUAACUUUUCUCCAUAUACAGAAAGAGUAAUUUUGCUAUUCAAACUUCAUCUUGUUUGGGCUUUCAUCACUGAAAGCAUUUAUAACUAGUUACUAGUGCCAAGGAGUUAUUAGAGAUGCCGCUUUGGUGGGUUUUAGUAAAAUUUGAGAUUGUGCAGUUUCUCUGAGAUCUAAUAUCCCACAACAAUAUGCUGCAGGGUUAACCUACUGCUGCCACUUACUAAUUAUGUGAGCUUGGGUAAAUUACUUAUCUUUCCUCAGAUGACUUUCUCAGUUUUCUCGUCUGUAAAAUAGAGCUAUGUUCAAUACUUUAAUAGGGUUGUUGUAAAGAGUAUAUGAGUUAAUAUAUAUAUUUAGGGCUCUUAAGAUGAUUUCUAGCGUAUGGGAAACACUUAGUGUUAGUCUUUAUGAGCACAUAUGCGUAGUGUAACUAGCACUAGCAGGCAGUCCAUAAAGGGCUUCACCUUGAGGAAAACUGAUACAGCAAAACCUGAUCUCACCAUCCCAAUGAACAUGAGGCUAGUCUUCCGGGUCAGCCUGAACACUCACUGGUUGUAGGAGGCAAUUCUAAGAUUCUUCCAAGAUUCCUGCCCCAUCACAUAUGGGCCCUUUAUAAUCUCCUACUCUUAAGUGCAGCCAGAACCUUGUAUAGGAUGGGGUACCACUCUUGUGAUUAGGUAACUAAUCAGUGGACUUUGAGUUAACCAAAAGGAAGGUUACCCAGGUGGGCCUGACCUAAUCAGGUGAGCCCUUAAAGGGACCAGGUCCUUCCUGAAGUCAGAGAUGAAGUGUGAGAGGGCCUAUGGAAGGAGCCACAUGGCAAGGAACUGAAGUGGUCUCUAGGAACUGGGAAUGGUUUCUGGACCACACCCAGCAGCAUAAUGGGGGCCUCGUUCCAAGAGCAGCUGAAUUCUGCCAAUAACCACAUGAGCUUGAAUGGGACCCCUUGCUCUAGAGGAGAUUACAGCCUCAGCUGCUACCUUGAUUUCAUCCUUGUGAUAUACUGAGCAGAGAAGCCAGUUGAGCUCUGCCUGAACUCUUAACCUACAGAACUGUGCAGAAUAAGUUGAUGUUGUUUUAAGCUGCUGUGUUUGUGGUAAUUUGUUACACAGCAAUAGAAAACAAAUACCCUUUUGCUAAUAACCUAAAGUUGUACCUCAUCUGCUGGGCUUAUGAGGGGCCAGGAGGCUAGACAGUAAGAAAUGUCUGGCUUCAUCAUUUUGCUUCUCAGUGCCUCUGUGAGGGAAGCAUAACUCAGAGAGUCAUGUGGCACCAGAGAAUGGCCCUGUUCAUUUGUGUGGACCUGCCUCCUACAGGGGAGUUUUUGUCACCCCCCAAAUGCCUUUAAUACACUCAUAUAAUCCCCAGAAAACCCUUCCUCUAGAACUUUGUCAUCCUUUAGGCUUCUUCUCAGUAGAAAUUCCAAGAAACUUUCCCUAACUACUCACUCUAACUUUGGCCACCUCCCGAGACAUCACCAUUUACUUCCUUUGUAGCACUGGUCUGUAUGAGUAUGUCACCUUACAUGGUAAAAGACUUUGCAGACUUGAUUAAGUUAAGGAUUUUGAGAUGUGGAGAUUGUCCUGGGUUAACCAGAUGUGCCCACUGUAAUCACAAUAGAUACCCUUAUAAGAAGGAGACAGGAGGGUUGGAGUCAGAGGCGUUGUGGCAACAGGAUCAGUGGUUGGAGCUAUAUGAUUGCUAGCUUUGAAGACGGAAGAUUCCUGGAGCCCAGGAAUGCAGGCAGCCACUAAAGGCUGAAAAGAGCAAGGAAGCAGAUGCUCCUGUAGAGUCUCCAGAAGAAAUGCAAUUUUUCUGAUUUCAGCCCAGUAAAACCCAUUUUGGAAGUCUGACCCCCCAGAACUCUAAGACAAUAAAUGUUUAUUAUGUUAAGCCACUAAAUUGGUGGUAACUUGUUCUAGCAGCAGUACGAGACUAAUACAGAAAGGUAGAGAGACAGAGCUAUCUUAGAUAUA